AUGCAAUUUGGGAAAAGAGUAAAGUUCACGACUUUCUCGCCAGAGUAUGCCCCACGGUGGCCGUCGGCGAUCACUUCAGCGGCAGUGGGUACGAAUUUAGGGUUGUCAGUGGACGCUCAAAUCGUUGAUGCCAACGGAAGCCUUCUCGAUUGGAAAUCCAUGGGGGAAGGCCUCUUCUGGGAAAAUCGCGGCGGCGACGGAUCAGGUUUCGGCAUCGUUGUUUCUUAUAAGAUCGGUUUAUUGAGGUUCCAGAAAUCGACCCUCCAUCUACCGCUACUCCGGCGCAACCAACCCUCCAUCUGCUCGCCAUCCUUCCCCUUCGCCGCGGCCACUAUUUGA